UCUCUCUCUCUCUCUCUCUCUCUCUCUCUCUCUCUCUCACUGUUUACAAUAUACUAGUGAGAGAAACUAGAGCCACAAUAACCACCACACUGUUCUUCUUCUUCUUCUUCUUCUUCUUCAUCUUCUUCUGUUUGAAAAGUUUGCUUUUGUUGUUGCUUUGGUAAGAGACAGAAAGAGAUGUACGUUGCUUCUUCCAUGCGCAAGUCUUUCAAGGAUUCCUUAAAACUUCUCCAAGCUGAUAUUCAACACGCCAAUACUCUGGCGUCCGAUUUCCCUAGGGAGUAUGAUGGUGCAUGUCUUCAGAUGAGAAUGUCAUACAGUCCAGCUGCAACCUUGUUUCUCUUUUUUGUUCAAUGGACUGAUUGCCAUCUUGCUGGUGCUCUUGGAUUGUUAAGAAUCCUAAUUUACAAGGUGUAUGUGGAUGGAACAACCACCAUGUCUACCCAUGAAAGAAAAGCAAGUAUAAGGGAAUUCUAUGCUGUCAUUUAUCCUUCUUUAUUGCAACUUGAGAAAGGUGUUACUGACUCUGAGGAUAAAAAGCAAAAGGCUGUAUGCAUGGAGAGGUAUCGUAGAAGAGAUGAUGAUGACUGUAGGCAAUCUUCUGACAUAGAUAUUGAAAGAGACGAUGAAUGUGGGAUAUGCAUGGAGAUGAAUAGUAAAAUUGUGUUGCCUAACUGUAAUCAUGUUAUGUGCCUCAAGUGUUACCGAGAAUGGCGAACGAGAUCCCAGUCGUGCCCAUUUUGCCGUGACAGUUUGAAGAGAGUGAACUCAGGGGAUCUGUGGGUAUACACUGAUAGAAGGGAUGUGGUUGAUAUGGCAACAGUGACAAGGGAGAAUCUCAGAAGGCUUUUCAUGUACAUAGAUAAGUUGCCUUUAAUUGUUCCAGACUCCAUCUUUGACGCGUAUGACUCUCACAUAAGGUAAGUGAUUGCAGCAGACAGAUUUUAAUGGAUGCUGUUGUCUUGGGUGGAUAGUUAUUAGUUGUUACUCGUUUUCAAUGCAAAUAUAAAUUCUGAACCUGAUUCAGUAAGUUUAGUUUAUGUUAUAUUUGUAGAGUUGCAGUUCUUGCUUCCCACUUCUACCAAAAGUAUCCAACCCUUUGUUGUUGCGGGUUGGUGGUGAAGUUGAGAUGGUAAAUAUGUAUCUAGCUAGCUCAUAUGUAUAUCCCUGUAUAGAUUGAAUUGCUUAACAAGAGAUUUUCUAUGGUCCUGUUGAGUUACUUGGAUUGUAUCUAUGGAUUUAACUGUAUAUGGAAAUGUAAAUUGUUUUCCAAUUCGGCUUAUAUAUAUA